AUGCAAGAGGAAAAAAAUCUAAUUAGAUAAAGCGAUAGCAACAUUGCUCCUUUCAGUUUAGAUGACGAAAAUGUUUAUAAUCUACCAACUAAGUCAUAAGUGAAGCCUUCUUAGCUUUACCACUCAAGCAGAAAAGAACUUGAAAAAAGCAAUAAAGAUAUCCAAAAUCUUGUUGAAUAAAUAGAUAAAGUACUUGAAACUCACCUUUAUACAUGGGACAAUGUGAAUAAUUGGCAGUUCAACUUACCUUCCACUAUGUUUACUGGAAAUGAAGCUCCCAUUCAGUUCUUUUAACCUAAGUAGGAGAUUGGAACAAGCGAAAUGAAAAAAUUAACUCCUGAUCAAUGCUUGUAGAUUAAGCAAAAAGGUGAAUUCUAAGUGCAAGGUCAAACUGAAGACCAGGUCACUACUUGGAAAAUAAAUGAUUGGAUUAUAAGAGGAGAGGAGUAAAUUACAAAAAGCUUUUAGUAGGCUCUUAGUGUGGCAUGGCAUUAAUUAUUGCAAAUACAAUGCAGAAUUACUCCUAAAUUUGCUAGAAAUUACUUUUUAAAAUCACAAAUCUUAAACCCAAAUCUAGUUGAUGGGUUCUAGACAAUUUUGUCUCUCUUCUCAAAGGCUUUGAAUCUAACUUUUGGUAUAAAGAAAGUUUAAAUUUACUCAAAGCAGCAAGUCAUCAGUGAGAUUCUUAAGGAGAGAAUGAAAGCCACUCUUAAGCAGCACCAUUAGCAAAUGCGUGUUUCUUUCUUUGAGUUCGUAUUUAAGUCUUAGUAUUAUAGAGAUAAGUCCAAGUUUGAAUUAGAUGAAAAAGAAAUUAAAUAAUUUUAAAACGCAGUUGCUGAUUUUAACUAGCUAAGCGUAGAUUUUGAUAAGUGGGCUAGUAAAUACGAAACCGAAAAAAUAAAGGAAUUAGAGAAAUCAGAUAAAAGUGAGGAUGAAGCCUUAAUGGAGAUAUUUUAAGAAAAGUAAAAUUAUCUUUUCAAUUUGAUUUAAAGUGGCACAUAUGUCAAAGAAAAGGAUGUCUAGUAGCACUUAAUUAACUUGAUUUAGGCAACUUAGAUUACAAAUCGCUAAUACUAUGAACUAAACAAGUAAAUUAACGAAAAGGAAGCUGAGAAAAUUAAAGAGAUUAAGGAAAAACACCCUAUUAAGUCAAGAGUAGAACUUUGGAAAUCAAGAGUGGUAAAAGAAUAAAUGCAACCAAUUAUUGAAAAAUUAGUAGUUGACUGCAAUUAAAAAAUACUAAAAGAUUUAACUUAAGCCAACUUAAAAAGCGAAGUGAUACUAUUUGUUCGCUUCACUGAAUUUUAGUAGGCCUUCAAGCAGAUUUACAAUGACAACUACAAAAGAAUACAACAAUAAAGCACUACUCCUUGCAGAGUUUUUAGCACUUUCUAAAAAUAUAUGCCUCCCUACAAAAUCAUUCAAUCUAAAGAUUACAAUGGAGUAACUUUUUAUCAAUACGAAAAUGGUAAAGAGUACAAAACAAACACUGACUUUUUUGGUUGGAGAGUAGUUUUGCAAGUAUUAAGAUAUAAAGUUUGGACAAUCAAUGUCUUCAUCAAUCUAACUUAAAAUCUAAUUAAUGGCUAAUUCGGUCUCAAGAGUCUAUUCUAUACUUAGCCUUUUUCUAGAGGAACAUAUGUUGAGUAUAGGACUGGAGAGGAAAAGAACUAUGGAUACUUUCAUCCAUAUGUUUAUAUUUUAAAAACAACGUUAAAUGGAAUAAAAAAGACAAUGGAAGAUUUUGAAGCAUUACCAGAUAGAGGUUUAUUUGGCAAAAAUUUUGCUAGAGGUGUGAAAUACAUUGAGUGCUAUGUAUUUAGAUUAUUGUUUGUUGCUAUAUUCUUAGUAGGCAUUUUGAUGCCUAUUGUAAUAAUACUCAAUUGCUUAUUUAGUUUUGCUUUAGCAAUAACAAGCUGGCUUUGGAUACCUAUCACUUUGGUUUUUAGAUGGCUGUAUCACAUUUUUGUGUGGGAUUUUGAUUCUCCUACUAGACACAGCUAAAUCUAUUACCCAUAUGAUUAUUUGAGAUAUCAGACAUUUGAAAGACUACCUAUUGUUAAAGCUUCUUUUGAUUUAAUUGUUGGCCUAUUUGAGAUUAUAGUUAGUAUUAUAAGCAUGAUUUUUAUUCAUCCUUUAAUUGCAGUUCUGAGUGUAAUUUUUGCUUACUUAAGAAAAAUUUUGACUUCAAUAAGUGAUGAGAUUAUGUUCUUUGUAACCAAAAAAAUUGGACGUUAGCCCGAGAUAGACACCUUCAUUGCUUGGAAAGUAAGAGGAUCUGGAGUUACAAGAUAGUAUUCCUACUCCAUGGAUAUUGAGGAUGUUAAAUUUUUGAUGAGAUCGCACUUAGAAUCCACAGAGUUAGAAGAAUAUAAUGAGAGACUAAGAUAAAGAAUUUAAGGUCCUUAAAGUGAAUAUGAAGAGUUCUCUAGGAGUCUUUUUAAAAAUUAUGACUUACAAUAAGGCUCCAGUUAAUUCAUUAGUUAAAACAUAGCUAAGUUGCAAAGCAUCUUGUCAAAACAAAUCUAGGAUAGGAAAAAGAAAUAUCCUAAUCCUCCAAACUGUAAUAUAAAAUUCACUUAAGAAGAAUUAUCUGCAGUUUUCUAUGAGUGUGAGAGUAUGUCAAGAUAGUUUAUCGAAUAAAGAAAAAUGAGCUGGGUAUUUAAAAAAUAUGACAUUGAAGAAAAUGAUUUCAAAUCUAUUACAGAGAAGUUUUUAAUAGCAAUAUUUAAUGACCCUAACAUUCUUUAUCCUAUAAAUGAGUUGGACAAGAGAAUAGAAAUUUAAACUGUCAAAAAGUAGUAAUUUAACUCUAUUUCUAAUGCUAUUAAAGGAGAGGGCUCACUAAAGAACUUCCAAGCAAGAAUUUAACAAAGAUUUUAAAAAUUUAAGAAAUAAAUUCUCUUUCCAUUUAUUAGUAGCUCUUAAGUAAAGAGCUUUGCUUAUGAAACAAUUAAUGAUAGAUACAACUAUAUUAAAAAUUAAGAUCCUAGCAAUGUUACAUACUUCUACUCUUCAGAAAUUUAUGAGAAUGCAACAUAGUAAAAGCAGGAGUCUUCUAAAAAAUAAGAUUGA